AUGUCGUAUCGCGAACUGAGAAGUAGGUUCUUAUUACGUUUUUCCCAGAUUUCAACCCACUCCUUACGUUCAGAUCUUUGUGAGAUGACUCGAACUCUUCGAUAUCCUCGCUUGAUGUCUAUCGAGAACUUCCGUACUCCAAACUUCAAACUGGUUGCGGAGUUACUCGAAUGGAUUGUCAAAAAGUACUUUCGCACGAAACCGUAAUCAUACGAUAGAUACUCUUUCAGAUUUGAGCCAGAUGCCACUCUGGAUGCUCAAAUGAUCGAAAGUGAAACAGACAGAGUGGCAUUCAUCAAGAGCGCCGUCCUUUUGAUGCUUCAGAACUCGAGAAUCAAAAUGAAUCCGAAGAAGCUUUAUCAGGCAGACGGGCACGCCGUCCAAGAGCUUCUUCCGGCUCUCAAGAUCCUUUAUGAUGCGAAAGCGGACGAUCCCAACGUUGAUAUUGCUCCGAAAUGGACACAAGUCAAGAAUAAGUUGACCACAAAGGUGGGGUAUUCUGAAGUCUGCGAGAGUUGCUCAACGAUGCCUGUUUUCAGAUGCAAGAAGUGCGGAUAACUCGGCAGCUGUCCAACCAACUUCCGGAGACUGGAGCACUGCUCAGCGAGCUUCUUUCGAAGCAAGAGUUCAUUUCUCAGCAACACGAAAGAGCCGCAUCGCGAGCCAUUCCAUUGGGAGAAGUCGAGAAGACAUUGCAAGCGGCCAUUCAGGGAAUAGCAACAGAAGCAGAUCAGUUAUCGGUGGGAACAGAAAGAAGAAGGGGGAGGACUGAACUGGAAAACUUCAGAAUAAACUGAACAACGUGGCAAGUGACGAGGCAGAGUUGGAUGAAAAGAUUGAGAAAAAGAAGAGAGAGUACGAGCAGAUGCAGAAGAGAUACGCAAAGUUGCAGUCUUUCCGUCCUCAGUACAUGGACGAGUAUGAACGAUAUGAGGAACGACUCAAGAAACUUUAUGAGGUAAGAGAGCAAUAGGCUUGUUUACAGUUAAAACCAAACAAUUCAGAUUUACGUCCUGAACUUCCGUAAUCUUUCGUAUCUGAAAAAAGUGCACGAUGACCUGGCGAGAUCUGAAAGGCAAAGGCAAGAAGAACUGGAGAAGGCGAUGAGAUUGGCAGUGGAGAAGAUGAGACUGGAGCAGGAGAAGAAAAAUGAGUGAGCAAAGAGCCUUAUGUGCGUUUGAGUAGUUCUCUUCAAUUUCAGCAUUGGAUUACAUGACGACGACAUUGACGCGCCGUUGGUGGACAGAAGACAAUGUGAGUUAUCAAAUCGUUGCAACCACAUUUAAUCUUCCGUUUCAGCCGUCCGUAAAGUGUACGGAAACAUGAUGGGUGGCGACGACGCAUCGGAUGACGACGAAGACGACGAUGACGACGACGACGAAAUCAUUCGGAUGGAGGACGUGAGCAGCAAGAAGCAGGUUGAUGAGGACGAGGAAAGGGGAAGCGAGAACGACUACAUGAUUGGGGUGGGUGGAGCCAGAAAAGGAUUCGAAUGAAACAGAGGAAUUUUCAGUUGAAUGCUGGGAACGCCGAGGAUGCGAAGAGUGAUUUGAGCAGUGGAGAUGACUUUUAA